ACGCUAUAUAAAUUAAAAUUGUACCAAAUGCUUUGCACUUGAACCACUCGCAUCUUGUUCCUCCGCUCAACAACUAUAAUAACAUCUUUCUCUCUCCGAACAGAUCACACUAUGGCCACCUCAAGCGCCAAAUCAGUCCAUGAUUUCACCGUUAAAGAUGCCAAGGGAAAUGAUAUUAAUCUUGGUGACUACAAAGGAAAGGUCCUUAUCAUUGUCAAUGUUGCCUCACAAUGUGGCUUGACUAAUUCAAAUUACACUGAGCUCAGUCAGUUGUAUGAGAAAUACAAACAGAAAGGUCUGGAAAUUCUGGCAUUUCCAUGCAAUCAGUUUGGGGCACAGGAGCCUGGAUCUAAUGAACAGAUACAAGAGUUUGUUUGUACUCGCUUCAAGGCUGAGUUUCCCGUUUUUGACAAGGUUGAUGUGAAUGGUGACAAAGCUGCUCCACUGUACAAGUAUCUAAAAUCAAGCAAAGGUGGACUCUUUGGGGAUGGUAUCAAAUGGAACUUCUCCAAGUUCCUUGUUGAUAAAGAGGGAAAUGUGGUUGAUCGCUAUGCACCCACAACUUCUCCUCUGAGCAUUGAGAAGGACUUGCUGAAGUUGUUGGAUGCAUGAAUGAAGCUAUGAAUGACUGGAGCUGCCAAUAAAUGAAUUGUGAUUAGAAUAUAAAUUAUGAAUAAGAAAUGUAUUGCAGAUGCUGCUGCAAUUUCCUGUGUGCCUUGUAUGUGUACCGAAACAGUUACUCUUGUAGCUCUGACAUUAGGUUCAUAACCAUGAGAUUGUGUACUUAUUAUUGUGUGAAUGUAAACUUAAGCUUCCUUUAGCCAUGCCAGUGAUCUACCUAUUCCAUUUAUUGGUUUGC